ACUCAGCCAUUUCGUUUUCUCAGUCACAUUUUGAAGAACAUCCGCAAAGGCAUCAUUUUUAUACUUAUUAAAAGUUCAGUCAGUUAUGCUGUUGACACUGUUGGCACAUUAGAGCUUUUUCCACUUGUCCUCUGCUGUCAAGUGACAGCUGGAAUUUGUUCAACAUUGAUGUCGUCCUUGGAUGCCGUUAUCGUCCCACUGCCCGCUUGUCUAACUGUAAAUGAGGUGUAUAUUUUGAAAACUGGCACCGGAAGCUGGCUCGUACCCGUAGACUUCACGCGGGUCUGACCGGAGCAUCACAACAUUGUACCGCCGCUUUGUUCGAGGCUUGGAAAUCGCUGUGCUUGUCUUCGAUGAAGUGUGUAUGAAACCUGGCAAUGUCCACCAUGGUGUAUCCACGUGAAGAAGCCCUGGAGCGACUGAGCCAGGAUGAGAUCGUCCUUAACACUAAAGCUGUCAUGCAGGGUCUGGAGACGCUGCGCGGCGAGCAUGCCCAGCUCCUAAACUCUCUCCUGGACUGCACCCAGCCACCUGUCGCACAAGAGAAGUCAGGGCUGCUACGCAAGAGUCUGGAAGCCAUUGAACUGGGUCUGGGAGAGGCACAGGUGAUCAUCGCCCUGUCCAGCCACCUGAGUGCCGUGGAGUCGGAGAAGCAGAAGCUGCGCGCUCAGGUGCGUCGCCUCUGCCAGGAGAACCAGUGGCUGCGGGACGAGCUGGCGGGAACCCAGCACAAGCUGCAGCGCAGCGAGCAGAGCGUGGCCCAGCUGGAGGAGGAGAAAAAGCACCUGGAGUUCAUGAACCAGAUCAAGAAGUUUGACGAUGAUGUGUCGCCCUCCGACGAGAAGAACCAGAGCUCCGGCAGCACGGGCGGUGGUGGAAGUGGAGGCGGAGAUGCUUCAAAGGACAGUCUGGAUGACUUGUUCCCUAAUGAUGAUGACCAGGGACCAGCCCAGCCCAGUGGAGAGGUGGCAGCUCAGCAGGGAGGCUACGAGAUCCCAGCACGCCUCAGGACCCUGCACAACCUGGUGAUCCAGUACGCCUCUCAGGGGAGAUACGAGGUGGCUGUGCCUCUGUGCAAACAAGCCCUGGAGGACCUGGAGAAGACAUCUGGGCAUGACCAUCCAGAUGUGGCCACCAUGCUUAACAUCUUGGCUUUGGUGUACAGGGACCAGAAUAAAUACAAAGAAGCUGCUCAUCUCCUGAAUGAUGCCCUAGCCAUCAGGGAGAAGACACUGGGGAAGGACCACCCAGCUGUGGCUGCAACCCUCAAUAAUCUUGCUGUAUUGUACGGCAAGAGGGGCAAAUACAAGGAAGCUGAGCCUCUCUGUAAGAGAGCGCUGGAGAUCAGAGAGAAGGUGUUGGGGAAGUACCAUCCAGACGUGGCUAAGCAGCUAAACAACCUGGCUCUGCUGUGUCAGAACCAGGGCAAGUACGACGAGGUGGAGUACUACUACACACGAGCCCUGGAAAUCUACGAAUCCAAACUGGGAGCUGAUGACCCCAAUGUGGCCAAGACCAAAAAUAACCUGGCCACAUGCUACCUGAAGCAGGGGAAGUUUGCAGAGGCGGAAACCCUGUACAAAGAGAUUUUGACCAGGGCUCAUGAGAAGGAGUUUGGCUCUGUCAACAAUGAUAAUAAACCAAUCUGGAUGCAUGCUGAGGAGAGAGAAGAGAUCAAGAACAAACGCAAAGACUCCGGCCCGUAUGUAGAGUAUGGGAGCUGGUACAAGGCCUGCAAGGUGGACAGCCCAACAGUGAACACAACUCUCAAAAGCUUGGGAGCGUUGUACCGUCGCCAGGGCAAACUGCAGGCAGCAGAAACUCUGGAGGAGUGCGCCAGCAAGUCGCGCAAACAGGGCAUCGAUGCCAUUAACCAGAGUAAGGUGGUGGAGCUGCUGAAGGAUGGAGGAUCCGGAGGGAGCGACAGACGACACAGCAGGGAGGGAAUGAACGGACCUGGUGGACAGAGAGGGGAGAACGACGGUGAUGACUCCGCUGAGUGGAACGGGGACGGUAACGGGUCUCUGCGCCGCAGCGGCUCCUUCGGUAAGAUUCGUGAUGCUCUGCGAAGGAGCAGCGAAAUGCUGGUGAAGAAACUGCAGGGGAGUGGGCCUCAAGAACCCCGCAACCCUGGAAUGAAGAGAGCCAGCUCCCUCAACUUCCUCAAUAAGAGCACUGAGGAAACCACACAGGAUGCCAACUCGGGACUCUCAGACAGCAGGGGGCUAUCCGCCAGCAACGUGGACCUAUCCAGACGCAGCUCUCUGCUCGGCUAGACAGACACGAGGUGGGAUUCAGGAGGCACGAAGCGGCCUGAGGAGGAGGGGAGGUUGUUUGUAGCUCGGUUUGGUCAAACUACACACUUAAAGCUCAAUGGCAGAUCAAACACUUUGCACCUGCAGCAUAUUUUUUAAAGAACACUGGGGGGAAACAAAAGCAUUAGUUCCACACUAAAGGUUGUCCUGUGAGACACUGCUGCUUCGCUGUAUAAAAUACUGCCAUCGAUCAAAAAAAGAGAAUAUUUAGAUACACAUUUACAAGCAUGCUGCUUACUAGAUCGUGGAAUGUCUGCACCUGAACGCCUCGUGUUUUUUGACUCAUAGCACCGUAGCAGAGCAUCGCGCAUUGUGACGUGCUGGUUGUUUCAGUCUCCUUCUCUCAUGUGCAGACACUCAACCUUAGGUAGGCUUAAUGUACUCCAGGUCCAAUACAGUUUCACCAGUAGCAUGAAGUAGUUACAGAUUCUAACCAUCCAUUUAAAGCAUAUCACAGAUGAUAAAAGUGGUACUACCUGAAAGAUAGAGCAGAGGUGUUAAAAAGAGAAUACAAGCAAUCUUUGGGGGAAAUCGUUAGCACUAACCUUUUUCAACCUCACUUUUGCCUUCUUGGUUUUUUUUUUGUUUUUGUUUUUGUUUUUUUUAUGUAUAUACAGUUUUAAAUUAUUUGAUAUUUGGUUCUCUGUAUAUAGUGCACUGAUUUAUUUUUUUUUGUUUGUUUACACUUUAGUUCUGGUAAAGAGGGUCUCAGCUGGGAGAAAAACUCUAAGUUUUUGAAGGGUGGAGACUGGAGAUGAAAGAAAAGAAGGGAGGGAGCGAUGUGAAGGGUUGAACGGGCAUUUAGUUGAUUGUAUCAAUGACAAAGUCAAAAAUGCUGUUAAAUGUAUUACCUCAACCACUGAAAUCCAGUACCAAGACGUCAAAGUUUCACUAUAAACUAAAAGUAUGUGCUUUAAAUGCGACAGUACUGUAUUUCCAGCAGCAGUCUUGCUAUCUGCUGAGCAUGCUUGGAUGGUGAUUGUCACUAAUCUUCACUGGAUGCUCUUGUGGCAACGUUUGGGGCAAAAACUGCACUUUGUCAAAUGAACUUCCUCAUGGGUCAAAAGAAAGAAAACAGAUCAGAAAGUUCAUUUGAUGUAAAAUUUUAGAAAUGAUUCACAAUCUUUUCUUUUUUUUUUUUUUUGAUGUAUGUGCAGGGUUUUUUUUUUUUUUUUGGUAGGGUGGGGGUGGGGAUCCUCUUCAAUACUGUCAUUGCAUUCUCAUGCCAAGAUGUCAAAUACUGCCUUUGUGUCAAAUACCACUGGUGUCACAGACGUGUGUCUUGAUGACUGAACUCUGAUCAGCACUGAAUUCUUUUAAAGACCUGCAAAGUCCACGUUCAGAGGCUCCGAGUGUAGCACGUCAUACGUGAUCCAGGAGACAGUGUUUCAUGUCCCGUUUUGGAUCUUCCUAUUUUGGGCUGUUUCUCCGCUUGAAUAGAUUUAGGAAAAGGCCAAGUAUUAUCUUAAAAACGCUCUUUCAUAACAUUCACCUUGUGUGUUGAAAAAUAACGCCUACUCAUUGCAUUUAAAUGUGGCUCCUAGGGGUCCUUUACACACAAGUUUAAAGUGAGCAACACGUCUCACUAAUGCCAACACGCGGUAACUCCAAAAGGACUCCUUGUGAGACGCUGGUUAAUUUGACACAACGGCAGCGUUUGACACCCUGGGAAUGAGAACCGAGCAAUCCUACGUGGCUCAACAGGGAGUUUCAUCAAUACUAUAAUCAGAAUUUUUUUUUUUUUGGGUACCUUUUUCCCGACAUCCAUGUGUCUAAUAAAUAUUUUAAAAAAAUGGAUGUUUAAGAGAUGUUUAAAAGUAAUUUGUUUACAAUCAUUACAGCAGGAUAUUGAAGACACAAUGAAAGCUGUGGGUAACCCUCUCAUUUGUUGAUGCAGAGUGUUAUAAUACGUUUACUGUUGUUAUUUUUCCCAUAUUUCCUGUUGCUGAAUGUGUAUCAUUUUGUACAAAACAAUCCUCAUUGUUAAUUUUUUUUUUAAAGUUCGCCCGGGUGGGCUCCCAUCAGUCGUAAUCAAACCCUCACAGGAAUCUGACUGAUGGUGAUCCAUCCUCAGUGACUAUUUUUGUGCUGAUGUGAGUUAUUGUUUUGGCGCUGAGCUUUUAUGUCACAGGUACAAACAGCUGGUUAUUUGAAUGUUAAUUUUAAUGUUGAUUGUGGUGAGGUCUGGUGGCAUUUGCACUGGAUGGUUGUUGUGUGUCCAGGAGACUACUAUCAGGAGAACUAUUCACCGAAUGUACGUCUUAUUCCUACACUCCACUUCAUGGCUUAAUAAUGCGAGUUGAUUUCAAAAAAAGGGAAAGACAGGUUUAUUGUGAAGGCAUUUUGUCAGUGUUGGUGUAUACACACCAUCACCACGUGCCUAUAUAAACUGAAGUCACCCUUUCUGCAAUCAGUUCAUCCUAUCCUGUCCGCUUCUGAAUGUGCAAGAUGGUGCAACGAAGGAAAGGAGGAGCAAAGAAAGUGCAGGAAGGAGUUGAAAAGAAGUGACUGGAAGAACUUUGGAAAGACACCGGAAAACGUAAAGUGCUUUAAGUGUCGUUCACAGCAAAUAAUGUACAGAAUUAUCCGUGUAUUACCUUUAUAUAUGUGUUUACUGUUUGUCACUUGUUCACUCAUAACAAUGAUGGAAGCUUCCUUUAAUCAUACACACAAUCUCAACACUGUAUUGGUGUGUAUAUAUAAAAAUAGUGAAACACCAGUUUGUAGCUGAAGAUCCAAUAAAGAUCACCGCUCCUUUCCAGUAUACACAACAUCAUAUCAAUACUUACUAGUACUGUACGGUAUUAAUACACCCUGGGUUGGUGCAGUGUAAUAACUGGAGUUUCAGGAAUUGCAGACUCCAUAAAUAUGUGAACGCUAAUGCACUAUUUUUCUCGUGUGGGUGAAGAACAAUACUGCUACGGUUGUAAGUAUUUAUCUGGGAUCACAGCAACAAAAUUUUGAUCCAAAGCUUAAAAGUAAAAUCUGAUUUGUGUGUGCCGUCUGUCCAAAUAUUUAUGGAGAUCAGUGCAUGUACUCGGAGCCACUGAUGUGUGUGAGGGCCUUCUCUUUUGUUGCAGAUGAUUUCGUGCAUCUUAUUAUGACGGGGCCAACCUUCAGUGUAUUUUAUCAAAGGUUCAAUAAAUACAAAUUCCACUUUUCAGACCAAA